UGUGUUCCUGAGACUUCAGUUUGGCCUGAGCUGCCGUGCUAAGGUAACUAGAGUGUGAAACGGGUUGCAUAUAACCCAUGGAAUGAUCUAGUAGAAAGCUGAAAGCCAGAAGGAAGUGGACAGAGGAGAAAGGAGGGAUGGAAAUAGAGGGAAUGAGGAGCCUGGGGAAAACCAAGGCAGUGCCCUUUGGAACUUAGCCUUAAAAAUGAAUCCAGUCGUUUCGCAGCCAGGAUAUGGUACAGGAGGUAUGAUGAAUAGCGACUGGCAAACUGGCACAUUUGACUGCUGUGAUGACCUGGGGAUUUGCCUCUGUGGGACUUUCUUUCCCUUGUGCCUUUCAUGUCAGAUCGCCUCUGACAUGAACGAAUGCUGUCUGUGCGGAGCGAGUGUCGCUAUGAGGACCUUGUAUCGGACGCGAUAUGGCAUCCCGGGAUCUAUUUGUGGUGAUUUCCUAUGGCUGAGCUGUUUCCCUCUAUGCAGCCUUUGUCAACUCAAGCGAGAUAUUGAAAAAAGAAAAGCAAUGAAUGCUUUCUAAAAGGUGCUUGGUCACAUUCACAAUGUGGUGAAAGAAAUGCUAGAAUCACAUACUGCAUCUGUUGAGUACUAUCUCACCCCAAAUCUUAGAAACUAAUUCAACUAAUCAUAUGGUUUCCAGUGGCUUCAAGACAUUUUAAGUUUCUAGUUUAUUUCAAAAGAAAUACAUUUCCAGUGCUGUUCUCUAAUAUGACUGC